AUGCCAAUUUACUUCACCUACGACGGCGAAACCAAGACGAUUUACGGGAACGUCGAGCCAAACGAUAUCUACGAUGCAUUUAAGCUUGAAAAAGGCACUCUGAGGCUUUACUUGGGCAACAAGUUACACCUGGCCUGCAAGCGAGGUGGCUUCUUGCCUGCAUUGCAAGACGGGGAAACGUACGAGAUCAGGGACGCCGGGAAGAGGCCGACGAACGCCGUGAAGCCGUGCAGGCGAAGAUGGCGAGACAAAGACGAAGAGGAUAAUGGCAUGCAAAUGGCACUGAUCCGCUCCAGCCACAACGAGAAGCCGGACCAGAUGAUUCAAUGGGAUGUCAGUGGCGCUCUCCAAAUCCACCUUCCCAUCAGGCGGCACCUUGUCUCGAAGGCCGGUCCCUGGUUUUACGGCGUUAUCUGUAUCCUCCUGUUGGUUACCUACCUCUUCGGCCCCACCAUCCUUUCCGUUCUCAUGUAUCUCACCCGGCAUACCGUAAUUUUCAUGCUCGCCACGUGUUCUUGGCUCCUACGAACGGCAGUCACUUUUGUGAUCCCCGUCCUAAGCGGUUUAAUCGACCUCAUUUCUAGUAGUGUCUGGGCCUUGCUUGUAAACUUUAUCGACCUCCUUGACUAUAUUUUUUAUGCCCUCCUUGACGUCGGCCGCAAGAAAGCCAUCAAAGCCGCCGCCUGGAUUUCGAUGGCGUGCACGAAUGUGGAGUUUGGGGUUUAUGUGCUGCGCGUUUUUGCCACUUGCCUGGCUAUUUACGUGUCCCCUAUCUUCUACAGGAUCGACGAGCUACCCCGUUUUUUACAGCCGCCGUAUCGAUUUUUGGGGGGAUACUACCAUGGUUUUCGCGAUAAAAUGGCCGUGGCCACAAAGCGAGCCCGGCAAAUUUUCGCGUUCUUGGCACCGGUUUUUUAUGGUUUGGGCGCCGUUUUGCGCUUGAUCACCGGGUUGGCCCAAUUUUUUGUUGAUAGGUUUGUGCGG